AAAUCGUGAAUAGAUCGUUAAGUUACUUAACGAUUGAUACAAGAAUCGUGAAUAGAUUGUUAAGAAUCGUGAAUAGAUUGUUAAGUGACUUAACGAUUGAUACAGGAAUCGUGAAUAGAUCAUUAAGUUACUUAACGAUUGAUACAGGAAUCGUGAAUAGAUCGUUAAGUGACUUAACAAUUGAUACAGGAAUUGUGAAUAGAUCGUUAAGUGACUUAACGAUUGAUACAGGAAUC